CACAACAUCAUCAUGACCGAUGCCGACGCGCUGCGCGACCUGCGCGACGCGCUGCGGGCUGGAGUGGAGAGUCUUGAUGACUUUGUCUUCCGUCUCUCCUCGGCUCUCGGUGAGCUCGGCAUCUCACCCUCUGGCAUCUCCAUGAGCAUCUCCCAAACCGACACCAAGGCCCUCCGCUACCUUCCAGCAGUGCAGGCAGCGCUGCUCUCCGUCCUUCCAACCUUCCUCUCCGCCCUCGACGCUCGCGGGCGUGCGCUCCUCGAUGCUUUCUUUGUCCCGCCUCCCUCACCCAUCUGCAACGCCGUUGUCCUCACAUCGUACAUGACCCUCUCGUCUUCGCUCUCCGCGUCGCCUCCUACCCCGCUGCCGGCAGAAAGCCGGGCCUUUGUUCUCGAGACACUGACAAAGCUUACCACGGCCUAUGGGAUCGACGCACUAUUUUGGGCGGCACGAGGGGAGCUGGCAUGGGACGACGCCGUGCGCGCCGCGACCUCAAUUCCAGCAAAGGUCGCGAAUGCUAUCGGCCGUUGGCGUGACGCCGGUUGGACCAUUGAUGUCCCCCCGUCCCUCGUCCCGCGGGCAUACUUUGACGCCCUGGUCGUCCGGGUAGAGAAGCUCGCUUAUGAGUUCGCGCUCAGUGGCAAGGAUGCCUCUCCUCUGCGCGUGCUCCUUGAAAAGCUCGCGGCCCUCGGCCUGCUCUCCCCGCCCCCAGAGCCGAGUCCUUCCCCCUCACUACUGCCCCCCUUCCUCCCCGGCGCUCUGGCCCAUCUCCACCCUCCUCCCGGCGCGCUCGAUGCGUACCCCGGCACAUUCUUCCCCUCUCUCCUUCUCCCGCUUCCUUCUUCCACCGUUGGUGCGCUCGCCGACGCCCUCCUCGCUCACCUUCCUUACCGCCUCGCUCCUCCACCACUGGAGCCAGACAUUGCGGACGGGAGGAUACGUCGUGCAGCUUCCGUGUUGCACAGCUUCCUAGGUUCAGCGGACGGCGAGGCGCGCACGGCGGUUGUGCACGCCCUGCUCCACGGCAAAUUGCGAUCGAGCCUCAGCGAUGAGGAGCAGCAUGCCCGCCGACGCAUGGUUGUAGCCUGGGUCGGGGAUGCGGGGCUUGCGGCCGCUCGAGCGCUUGUUGACGUCGCCAUGGGCGCAUGGGCAGACUUGAAAGGCAUCAAGUUCGGCCUCUUCGCGCCACAGUUCAACCUCACACAUACACUCCUCCUGGCAGUUUCACUGCUGCCGCCGCUUGACCCGCACCUCGUGGCGCUUUCCCAUCGAGCCAAGUUUAUCCAAGCUGUGCAGGCAUACCUCUUCCACCCAGACGCCAAAAUCCGGCGCUUGGGUAUGCUUGUCGCUGAGGUUGUGAGCGACAGGACAAUCAUCGAGGACGCAGAAGCAGGGCCCAACGCUGAAGAGGAGAUGGAAGAUCUAAGGGCGGGUCUGGAAGUCGAUGAGGAGACGGGCGAGCCGGCUCUCAAGCCCCCGAAGCCACCGCGAGGAGCAAAGAAGCUCAAGUUUAGUGGUAUCUGGGAUGGCACGGGGCAGGGUCAGGAGGAGUGUGCGUGGCUGCGCCGAUGUGUCGGCGUGCGUGACGGAGACGCCCCGUUAAGCGACGAUCCAGAAGCCUGGCUACUGGGCUGGACCGCACAGCCGGACGUGCAACCAGCAUCACAAGAGCACUCAGCCCCACCAAAACAAGAGCGCGGACGUACCUCCAAAUCUAAGGCGGCGCCCAAAGCGAAGCCCAAGAUCGUUAUGCUCGACGACGAUCAAGCUGCCGACCAACUUGAGGGCUACGCGUCAUCGCCUGCCUCUUCUCGCUCGCCGUCACCGACACCCUCCUUCCUCGAGGAGGUUGCAGCCGACCCCAGCCUCGCUAUUGACGCCACUAAGAAGCGCAGACUGAAGCGUCCCGUUUACGUCCGCCAGCUCACGGAGCUGCUGCGCGACAAGGACAAGCCCGAAUCAAUUGAGCUCGCGCUCCAGUGGGGUGAGGGGCUCGUGCGCGCCAAACGAGGCUUCGGCACAGAGGUAGCAGACAAUGCUGUGGCGGUGGCGGCGUCGGCACUGGCACUCGCUGAUCCUUACAACCUCGACGACUUCGAGUCUCGGCGACAAGGCCUCGUGACAGCGCUGGUGGCGUGCUCCCCGCGCAACGUACCUCCUUUCCUUGCAGAGCAGUAUUUCUCGACAAGCUACUCCCUCCUUCAAAAGUCGGUGAUGCUGACCGCAUUGGCGAUGGGCGCGCGAGAGCUUGCAGGUCUGCCCGUGCCAGAUGCACCGAGGGCUCGCGCGAUCGACUUUGCAUCGAAGACUCUCCCACCGGGUCUGCACGAGAAGUAUAUCACCCCAGCCGACUACACAUACGCUGGCCAGCUCGAAAACGCCGUCAGCGGGAUGCGAAAUCUCCUGCUGACGAAGGGCGCGAAGAAGGGCGAGGAGACUGUGCCCGAGCUUGCCAGGGAGAAGCGUCUGCGAGUCACGCCUAAGCGGCAGAAGGUGGUUGGAGGAAGUCUCAUCGCCGGUCGAGGGGAGCCAGGUCAUGAACAUGCCGGGGAUCAGCCCCCACCUGUGGUCGCGUACAGCACCGUCGCAGCAGAGUACUUCGUCCUCCCCCUAAUCAACUGCUUCUGGAACUACUACCAGGAUGCGAGCGUGCGUGAGACACGUGCGCUUUCAACAGGCAGCCGCUUCCGCGGCGCGGGGACUGGCAUGGCGCUCUCGCCGCUGUCUCUUGAGAAGCUCCUCGCGACCCUCGCCCUUCUGGUCCAUGCAGCACGCCACGCGCCGACAUUCCUGGCUGUGCUGGCGCCGAGCGCAAUCGAGCUGGCCGUCACCAUCGGCGCACGACACCCCGCCGCUCCCAAGGACAUCAUGUCAUCCGAGCCUCAAGAGGGGGACGACGCGCCAGAGGCGCAAGUCGUCGGCGCGGCGCUCGAGUUGGCGCUUGCUGCCCUCGACACAGCGGUGGAGCUGGAUGGCGGGCGUACGAUGGCAUUGGAUCAUCCCGAGCUCGUCCUCGCCACAGGCGAGUGGGCGAGUGCUGUCUUCGAAGCACACAGCGGCGGCACGAUCGUUGCAGGAGUAGGAAGCAAGGGCGGGCGCUUGCGUGCCGCGGCUGCAGGCGUGGUUGUCAAGGUGUCAGAGGUGGGAGAGAAGUGGGGCGGUGUUGCGAUGGGGAGGUGAGACGCUGUAGACAUGCAAGCACAGUGCAUGCGUGCACAAGUGAAUGGCAG